AUGGGAAAGUUGGUUGCUCAGACUGAGAUCAUGUCUGAUGGAGAUGUGUUCCAUGAGAUCUUUAGGUACAGACCACACCACAUAAAAAAUCUGAAUGGGGAGCUGUGGGCUCUGUCAUCUUUUGGAACUACACCCAUGAUUAGACCUUUUACCAUAGCCUUACCCUUUAAUCAUACUAGACCAUUCCGAAUAUUUAGAUCCAUCGAUGGGAAAGAGAAGGUUGCCAAAAAGAUUAUCCAAGCCAUUGAUGAAGAAAAGAAGUCGGUGACAUUCAAGUUGAUUGAAGGAGAUCUCAUGGAGCUGUACAAGACCUUCAUUGCAACUGUUCAUGUUGAUACAAAGGGUGAAAAUAUCUUGGUGACAUGGACUUUCGAGUUUGAGAAGUUGAAUGAGGGUGUGGAAGACCCAAAUACUUUGAUGGACUUAUGUCUUGCUAUCACCAAAGACAUUGAAGCCUACCAUCCCAAGUAA